AUGCAAAAUCCACAAGUAUCAUCUCCACCAUUAAAUCCCAAUUAUUCAAGACUUACAACUUUUGUCAUUGAGGGUUUUCAGGCAAAGAAUAUUACAGAUAAAGAUACAUUUAUUAAGUUUUCGGUAGAUGGGAAAAAAUUUAAAACCAAAGUUCAUAAAAAAACCCAAAAUCCUUCAUGGAGUGACAAAUUUAAUGUAACAACAACAAAUAAAAUUGAUGUAAUUAUAUUUUCAAUUAUUAGCCAAAAUAUGUUAGGUGCUGAUGUUAUUGGGCAAAUUAAAGUUCCAAUAAUAUCACCAAACAAACCAAAACAGAAUCAAAAGCAAGAUAAUACGCCUAGGGAAAAGGAAAACAACAAUGGUAAUAGUAAAGAAAAUGAUAAUAGUAAUAAUAGUAAUAAUAGUAAUAAUAGUAGUAAUAAUAAUAAUACAAAUAACUAUGAUGAUGAAUCAAAAGUCCCAAUUUCAACAACACCAACAAAUAAUGAAAAUAGUCCAAUUCACCAACAAACACAACAAGUUACAACAGCACAGAUCUCAUCAUCACCAUCAAUACCAGGUAGUGGUAGUUUAAAUGGGUUAUCAAAUAUAUUAAAUGGUAGUAAUAAUUAUGAUACAAUAUCAUCAUCAGUUUCAGAUACAGGCGUAGAAAUAUUUACAAUUGAUAAUUGGACAGUGGUAGAGAGGGAAAAAUCAUCAAGUUCACUAGCUAUCAAUUUAUCUGAACUGCGUGUAAAAAUAACAGUAAAAGUCAGAGAUAUUUAUUUUGAUACCGACACAAACAGUACAGCCUCAAAUGAUGAAACAUAUAGUAAUACCAAUACAAGUGGCAACAACAUACUUCCACCACCAAAAGAUUUUAAGCCGGAAUCUGUCAAUCCUAAAGAAAUGUCCUUUAUAGGUAAAGGUGGUAGUCAGAUUUUAAAACUAACAAAAAAGAUUGCGUCAAAAAUGGAUAAAGGUAACAAACAAAAUAACGAAAAUACAUUAGAUGGCAAUGGCCAUAUUACACCAAGCUCCAGUAACCAUGGUAACUUAAGUUCAUUGGCAAAUGGAUAUCAACAUUCACCAACUAAUCCAUCAUCCUCAUUACCACCAUUAAAUCAUAAUAAUAGUAAUAUCAGUACAUCAUCACAAGUUUCAAGUGUUUCAAACUCCUCACCAAAUAUUAGUAAUAAUAGUAAUACAAAAAAUAAUAGCAGUAGCGCAGCGGCAGAAGAAAAAACACGUAGAGAACAACACCAAAGAUUAAUUGAUGAGCAAUUAGCCAAAGAGCAAGAACUAGAAAGAAUCGAAAAAGAAAAGGCAUUGGCACGUGAAAAGUUACGUCAGUUAGAACAAGAAGAGGCCCAUAAGAAGAUUGAAUCUGAACGUAGAGAAGCCAGAAGAAAAGAAAAAGAAGAGAAAAAGAAAUUAGAUAGAGAAAGAAAAUAUGUACCAGAUAAACCUAUUGAUUAUUUCUUUGUUUGUGGUGUAUCAUCAACUUUAGAGCCAUUGGAUCAAAUAAAUGAACAAACAAAUUCAAAAAUUUUAACACCAUUGGAAAAAUCUUAUAAAGGUGAACUAAUGGAGUUUUAUCCACUUAAAGAAGUCAAAGAAAUUUUACCAAAACAUAUUUGGAUGUAUUGUUUCCCACGUGGCUUAAAUAUAUCAACUGAAAUUCAACCUCCAUCUUUCUUUCCAUUUGUUUUAACCAAUGAAACCGGAACAAGAUUUUAUGCUUCAUGUUUAACCUUUUACGAACAACUUAGUGAUCAACAUUAUAAUGAUUUACAAAAAGAAACAAACGACCUUCUAAGCAAUCAAAUUAUUGCAAAUUAUACAACAGAAGAUAAUAAUAACAAUAAUCAAAUAAAUACUGAAGAAAAUAAAGAAAAUAAAGAAAUUGAAAAUAAAGAUAUAGUAUCACCAAAAGAAUCAAUCAAUAGCCCUGAACUAAAUAGUGUCAAUAGUAAAGAUAUAAAUGAUCAAGUUCAAUCACCAACAAUUACUAGCAGUAACACACCAAAUUUAGCUACCUCUUCAGCAACAACCAAUACAAACAUUGUAACAUCACCACAGUCACCAAUUUCACCAUCAACCUCAAACUCACCAUUACCUCCACAACAACAAAGUAAUGAAACAACCCCAAAUGUUAACAGUGAUUUUCCAUCAAAACUAUAUAUUCAAAAAUGUAUUUGCGUUUUAUCCCACUAUCCAUUUUAUAGUUCAUUUAGAAUUGCAUUAAAUGAAAUUUAUCAUAGGGUUUUCUUUUCUUCAUCCCCAAUACCUAUUGAACGUUAUAUUUUCAAUUUAGUAAAUGAAGUACCAUUACCAAAACCAGGAAAGAAUCCAGUAACAUUUAAUUUAGGUGGUGCUACAAACUGUACUCUUAAGAUCCCCGAUGAAUGUCUAUUACCAGAUCCAGAUAUUUCUUAUACAAUGCUAUUUCUUUGUUUAGAUAUAAAGAAUGUAUUAUCUUUAUUAAAAUGUUUAUUAUUAGAAGAAAAGAUCCUUUUGGUUUCAAGUCAAUACACAAUUCUUACAUAUAUUUCAGAAAUUAUUUCAAAUAUAAUUUAUCCAUUAUGUUAUACUCAUAUCUAUGUGCCAGUUUUACCAGAAGCUUUAGUUGAUAUCGCUGGUAGUACUCCAUUUCCAUUUGUUAUGGGUAUUCAUAAAUCAUAUGCCCAUCGUAUUCUCUCAAAAGAAGAUUUAUUAAAUGAAUUGGUAAUUGUCGAUUUAGAUAAUAACACUGUCAAUAUACCAACCGAUACUAAAAAUAUUCAACUACCGGAAAAAGAAACUAAUCAACUAAUAGCACAAUUAAGAAAAGUUGUACAGUUUGAAAUUCAAUCUUCAGAUUUACCAAAUUUCAACCCAAAUACACUAUGUUCAAUUACCAUGUCAAAUGAUUCAACAAAACGUAUUAAUCAAACAAAUAAUAAUGGCACCAACAAUAAUAUUAAUAGUGGUAAUCAACAACAAUCCAAUAACAAUAGAAAUAGUGUGAGCUGUUACCCAAUGCAAGUACCACAACAGUCAAACAGUCCAGAUCAAUACAUUAGAUUUUCAUUUUUACAAUAUUUUUGUAAUAUUUUACAUGACUAUAGAAAAUAUUACAAAUAUCUUAGAGUUUUCCCACAACCAAUUCCUAUUUUUAACAAUGAAGAGUAUAUUAAAUCUAGAACUAUCAACUCAAGACCAUUCUUUUCAACAUUUAUUAAAACUCAAGCAUUCAUUUACUUUUUAGAGCGACACUCAUGGCCAACUAAAAAUUUAUUUGACUAUUUAAUCCAAUCAAAGAGAUAUCAAAAGAGUAUUGAAGAGUUAUUAAUGUUAUAUCAAUCUUCCAUUCCACAAGCCUUAGGUUUACAAGAUCAAAGCUCAAUGCAACACAUUCAAGUUCCAUUCCCUAGUUCAAUUAAAGGUCAUCAAAAUUCUCUUAGAGAAUAUUCAAGAUUCCCAACAUUAAAAGCAGAGCUUUAUGGUGUUGUUCAACAAAGCUCGGCACCAUCAAUCACAAAUUCACCACCAUCACUAUCAUCAUCAAACACCUCAUGUAGCUCAACUUUAAGUAAUGACCAAUACAAAUCAAUCUAUGAUAUGUAUGUUGUAAAUAGUGACCCAUCGAUAAAUAGCUCUACAACUUUUUCUUUUAAUGAUGAUCAACAUAAAUCAUUUGUCACCUUAAUAGAAAGAUUUUUGGACAAAAUAUUCUCUGAUCAGGUACCUGCUGAAGAUAUUAAUCAAAUAGUCGAGCUACUUCAAUUUGACUCUGGUAGAUUUAUUUUUGGCAAAUUACUAUUAGGUCAUCAAAAACAAAACUUUGUAGGUUCAUCAGUUUCUUCAAUUAGUUUGAUUAUUACAAGCAAUAAUAAUACCAUAAAUGCUCAAAAAGCUAGACUCUCCGAUCCAGUAUUUGAUUGUUUAGCUGCCAUCAUCGAAACCACUUUACGUCAAUGUAACACCCAAUUAGAUUUUACAUCAUCACAAAUGCUAUUAGAAGCUGUUUUUGUAUAUCAUCGUAUUGUUAAAGGUCAAACUGAAUAUUUACACGAAAAAUUAGGCAGCAUUGGUCUUUGGCAAAAUCAAAAGUUUUGGGAGAAAAUAUUUUAUGACUCAAUCGAAUCACGUUGUAAAAUACUUUAUGGAUGUAGUAGUCAACAAACCUCAAGUAAGAACCUAUUACACGAAAUGGUUGAAUGGUCUAUUAGGAAUGAAGAUUCUAAGAAAGAAAUGAUUAGGGCAGAAGAAGAUAUGGCAUUUUCAUUGUUAUCAAACCAAACAUUCAAAAUGAUUACACUUGGGUCAUCACCAGACUUGGUUAGACGUUUUGUUAAUAGAAUGUGUUCAUCCAUUAAUUUAGACUCUGACACUAUGCUCCAAGUAGUUUCAAAUAUGACCCGUGUUAGAGAAUUAGAACAAAUUAAUAAUGGUGGUAUUACACCAAUUCAAGAAAGCAAUGAUUUAAUUCAUCGUAAACAUAUUAUGAAAAAUAACCCUGAACACGAUAAAGAAGAUUCAUAUCAACUAAUUUCAAAACAUAAGAGUGGGGAUCAUAAUAAGAACAACAAUGAAAUAUUCCAUAAUCUUUUCGAUGAAAAAGGUCAUGUAUCAUUAAAUAAAAUUAUCAAUAUGAAGAGUAGCUGGAACGAAAAUAAAACCAAAAGCAAAUCUGCCACCAAGGUACCAAUUAAAGAGAUCUCUGAAAAUCGUGGUGAUUAUGUAGUUAAAUUAUUUGCUGGCCAUCAAGAAGGUGUACUUUGCUCUGCCGUUUCCCAACGUGAAAAUAGUCUUUUAGUUACUGGUAGUGCCGAUUCUACCCUUAAAGUUUGGGAUAUAACAACAACAAAAUGUGUUAGUACACUCGAAGAUCAUAGUGGUUGGGUAUCUCAAUGUGAAAUUACUCACGAUCCAAACAAACUCAUUAGUGGUUCAUAUGACAAAAUGAUAAAGCUUUGGGAUCUUCACAAAGGUCAAAAAAUUAAAUCGUUUAGAGGUCACAAAGGUUCAAUUACAUGUUUAUCAAACCAAGAUCCAAAUAUUUUCAUUAGUGGUUCAUAUGACAAUACAAUUAAUGUAUGGGAUACCAGAAGCCAUAAACCUCAAAUAACUUUAUUUGGUCACUCACAAUCAGUAUCGUGCUUACUAGUAAAUGAUCAAUAUCGUGUUAUUAGUGGUUCAAACGACACAAAUAUUCGUAUUUGGGAUAUUCGUACAUCGACUGCAGUAAAUGUUUUAUCAGGUCAUUCAGAUUGGAUCAAUUGUAUAGAAGUAGAUAAUACCGAUACACUUAUUAGUGGCUCAUGCGAUGGUCGUGUUAAAGUUUGGUCGUUGGAUAAUCAUGGUGAGUGUAUAAGCACUCUUCAAAGUCAUAGCGGUAGUGUAAAUUCAAUUAUAAUAUAUGGCAAACUCGAAAAUGAUGGUACAACUGCGCCAAAGAAAUUCCUUACUGCAUCAUCAGACUCAACAUUAAAAGUUUGGGACUCAAAUUAUGUAGAAUCAUAUCACUGCUUGGAAGGUCAUACUGAUGAAGUCGUUAGUGUAUCUAAAUUUAUAAACAACUUUGUACUAUCUGCAUCUUUUGAUGGUACUGUUAGACUCUGGGAUGUUGAUGGUGGUAAAUCAAAACGUACUCUUCAUAAUCAUUCAAAUCGUAUUUCUUCAUUAAAGGUAUUUGAUCAAUCAUUUGUAACUACAAGUUGGGAUAAAACUGCCAAAAUCUGUCAAUUUAAUUUAGAUUUUAGAGGGGGUAUCUCACAUUAA